UUGAUUUUUCUCGGCGGUCCGGACAAACGUGAUCCCGCGGACAACGUUUGCGGCCGCUCGCGGUUAAAUCUUCUUUCUUCCGCAAGGAGAAACUAGCAAACAUUCGUUAGGAUUUCGCCUCGUUCGCCCACUGGAAUCGUCCAAGCAAACCGCCGAAAGAGUCCUCAAAUUUUGUUGCUAUUCUCCGCUACAAAUCGCCUUCCUCGAGCAAAUUCUUCGGAUUUCUUAGAGACCCGAAUGAUGAGCUGCGCCUGCUGUUGUAGUUGCAGACCCUUGAGUGUGCCCAAGUCAUCCGUAGGUUGUGGGAGUUCACAAGCCCGUCGAAAUGCCGUCGGCGUGAUUUCACCUCACGGUUCGACGGGGAGGGGUAAGAGGUCUAGGUUCGUUGGCGUGAGAGCUUCAAUGGUGGAUUCGUCUGAGAGCUCCUCUGAUUUCGUGAAGCGCAUGGAGCAGGCCUGGUUGAUUUCUCAGCAACCUAGGCCGGUAGCUUGUUCCUCUUGCAACUCAAAGGGGCAUGUGGAAUGCAAAUGGUGUGCAGGUACCGGUUUCUUCAUCCUUGGAGACAACAUGCUCUGCCAAGUCCCUUCAAGAAACACAAGCUGCGUCAUAUGUGCUGGAAAGGGUUCAACGUGCUGCUCAGACUGUAAGGGGACGGGGUUUCGAGCCAAGUGGUUGGGAGAGCCUACCACUUCGAAGUAGUGAUGUGCUACUUGGCGAAUGUACCGUGGCUUUGUAAACUACCUCAGCUGUACCCUUUUAUCUGUUUUAUUUUCCCUUUUCGGUCUAAAUUCAGAUAGUUACGACACAAUUUCAUUGCUUCAAGAGCACACCAUUCGUUUCGGGUUUCACACAGACGUGUAUCCUGUAACACAUUUCUUUGCAAGAUCAGAUGUAUUAUUCUUUCUCAGCGAAUUCAUUGUUGCCGGUGAAUGGCCUGAAAAA